AAUCAUUCCUGUUUCCUACCAUAAAAUAUUAUUAUUUAUUAAAAAAAAACUAACAGAAAAGACGAUCCUGUUAAAUUAUAGGGUUGAAGCAGAGGAGCGUGUCUAGUGCCUGAACCUGAAGCUGCGAAAACUAAAGUCAGACACUAUGCGUAGGUGUUGGUGGUGGUCGUACAAUGUUGCCUUGGUUUUCUUGUUGGUCGUUAUUCUGUCUGACUGUAGUCCCCCGGAGGAUCCGAUCAAAUGCGGAUCCGUAUCCCCAAAUAAACACGCCAAUUGCACCAUCACAAAUGCCUACGCCGCGUUUCCAGACCGAACCAUCUGCCGUGCAGCGGAGGUGAUAUACCCAACAACAGAGGCGGAGGUGAUGUUGGCGGUGGCGGCAGCGACGAGAGGUAUGAGGAAAAUGAAGGUGGGGACUCGGUUCUCUCACAGCAUUCCGAAGCUGUCGUGUCCGGAGGGGGAAGAUGGGGUGGUGAUAAGCACCAAGUACCUGAACCGGACUCUGAUGGUGGACGUGGAGGGAAUGAGCAUAAGCGUGGAGGGGGGAGCCACGGUGAGGCAGAUCAUAGAGGAGGUCGCCGCAGCUGGGCUGGCGCUGCCGCAUACGCCUUACUGGUGGGGGCUCACCAUAGGCGGCCUCCUAAGCACCGGGGCACAUGGUAGCUCCUUAUGGGGCAAAGGCAGCGCGGUCCACGAUUACGUUGUGGCCAUUCAAAUGGUCACUCCCGGUGGGCCUCAAGAUGGCUACGCCAAACUCCGUACCCUUCUUCCCGCUGACCAAUACCAUCUCAACGCUGCCAAAGUUUCUUUGGGAGUUCUUGGAGUCAUCACACAGGUGACUCUGAAAUUGGAACCUAUGUUCAAGCGAUCCAUCACGUAUUUGAAAAGGGAUGACAAGGAUUUGGGGGAUGAAGUGGUGAGUUUUGGGAGAAGUUAUGAAUUUGGAGACAUGAUUUGGUAUCCAAGCCAACGAAAAGUCGUAUAUCGCAUAGACAGCCGCGUUCCAUCCAACACCUCCGGCAAUGGCUUCUAUGACUUCAUCCCAUUUCGCCCCACGCCUUCACUAGCCUUGGCACUUGUUCGAGCCUCAGAGGAGAAGCAAGAAUCAAGGCGUGAUGCAGUUGGCAAGUGUAUUAGUGCAAACCUAUUUACGUCCACUCUUUCACAGUUGGCUUACGGAUUAACCAACAAUGGUAUCUCAUUUCUGAAAUAUCCGGUGAUCGGGGAUAGCAAUCGACUUCAGUCCUCCGGGAGUUGCUUACAUAGCCUCGACGAUUUUAGAAUAACGGCAUGCCCUUGGGACCCUUUGAUAAAAGGAGAGUUCUUCCACCAAACCGCCAUUAGCAUUGACUUGGGAGUGGUUAAAAGUUUCGUCCAAGACGUCCAGAAACUUGCUGAGUUGGAGCCCAUGGCAUUCUGUGGCCUUGAGCUCUACAAUGGCAUCCUCAUGCGCUACGUCACGGCCUCCACCGCCUACUUGGGGAAGCAGCAACAUGGCGUUGACUUUGACUUCACCUAUUACAGAAGCAGAGACCCAAUGAGUCCUAGGCUUUUCGAGGACGUGUUUGAGGAGGUUGAGCAAAUGGCGGUCUUCAAAUAUGGAGGCAUUCCGCACUGGGGAAAGAACCGGAACGUAGCAUUUCAUCAAGCAUUUCGCAAAUACAGAAAUAGAGACAGCUUUGUUAAAAUUAUGAAGGAAUUUGAUCCCCAUGGCCUUUUCUCAAAUGAGUGGACAGAUCAAAUUCUUGGAUUGAAAGGAACUGUCAACAUAUACAAAGAUGGAUGCGCCUUGGAAGGACUCUGCAUAUGCUCUCAACACACUCAUUGUGCCCCAACUGAGGGCUACUUUUGUACGCCUGGCAGAAUUUACAAGGAAGCUAGGGUUUGUUCUUAUUUAGGAUCAUCCUACCGCCCCUAAUUAAUUAUUUAUCUUACUUUAGAUGGGUAAUGAUUAGGAAUCUCAUGCAUCCUUUCAUACAUAAUAGAAAAAUAAAUAAAAAUAAUUUAAUUUUUAAUUUUU